UCUUUACCUCUCCCCCACAGUUCCCUUCACUAGGUCCAGUGACAGUUGGAUGAUACAGUCUUGGUUUCCAUCUGAUUCCAGAAUGGGUGGCUGCAUCCCUUUUCUGAAGGCAGCAAGGGCACACUGCCCCAAAAUCAUGCUUCUUUUGCUGUUGUUGUCUGCCUUCAUUUAUUUAGUGAGCGUCCUGGGAGGAGACCCAGGACAGAACCCGGACGGCACGAUGGACAUGGUAUCCAUACACAGCCUCUCCGAGCUGGAGCGCCUGAAGCUGCAAGAGACUGCUUACCACGAACUCGUGGCCAGACAUUUCCUCUCUGAAUUCAAGCCGGACAGGGCUCUACCCACAGGCCGUCCAAACACCCUGGAGAAGUGGUUUAAGACUCUGAGAGGACAGGAGAGGGCCGCGUCUCUCAAGACCUUUGGCGUCCGCCUGGAAGAGGCGCUGGUCAAUGAAAUUACCCGCCGCAAGCACCUUGAACUGAUGGCCGCAAUGGAGGCUGAAAAUGCCACAGGUUCCGGCCAUCGGGGAAACGCGGUGCAAAGGAUGUUUGGACGCAUGCGGCGCUUCUUAGGUCACAGGAGGAAUGAGCCCAUCCUGCCUACAGAGUUCACUCGCCGUGGUCGUCGAGGUGCAGUGUCUGUGGAUAGCGUGGCUGAACUGGAGGAUGGGGCCCUGCUGAUGCGGACCCUACAGCUCUCCCGUCAUUCAUUUCCUAUCGGGCAGCGCCUUCUGGGAUCCAAAAGGAAGAUGAGCCUCAACCCAAUUGUUCAACAAGUCCCCCAGGUUGUUGAGACUUGCUGCAAGUUCAUUGAGGAACAUGGGUUAAACUCCGUGGGGAUUUUCACCAUUGAGUACUCCUUCCAGAAAGUGCUUCAGCUCCGAGAGUUAUUUGACAAUGGUAUGGACAUUGAACUGAAUGACAGCGUGAAUGUCCAUGAUGUGGCUGCACUCCUCAAGGAUUUUUUCAUUGAAAUGAAGGACUCCCUGCUGCCUGAUGAUCUGUACAUGAAUUUCCUCCUGACUGCAACUCUGAAGCCCGAGGAUCAGGUUUCUGCCCUGCAACUGCUGGUCUACUUGAUGCCGCCCUGCCACAGCGAUACCCUUGAACGUCUACUGAAGACACUGCACGAAAUCACUGAGCACUGCGAAGACUCCAUUGGCCCUGAUGGACAGCUGGUUCCAGGUAACCGAAUGACUUCCAACAACUUGGCCUUGGUGUUUGGAUCUACUCUCCUGAAGAAGGGGAAGGUGGCCAAGAGGGAAUCCAGGAAGAUAAAGUUGGGGAUUGAUCACUAUGUUGCAUCUGUCAAUGUGGUCCGUGCCAUGAUUGAUAACUGGGAUGUCCUCUUCCAGGUGCCCCUCCAUAUUCAGAAGCAGGUUGCUAAGCGUGUGUGGAAGUUCAGCCCUGAAGCACUGGAUUUUAUCAGACGCCGGAAUCUGAGGAAGAUCCAGAGCGCUCGCAUAAAGAUGGAAGAGGAUGCUAUGCUUUCUGAUCCAGUGGAAAACGUUACUGAAGCCAUGGCUGCUGUCCUUGCCCAGAGCCCGCCCUUUGAUGAAGGUCCUGAAGAAACCCCAGAUGUGGAGGAUAUCUUGAACUCUGGAGACAACCUGAACUAUGACUUCGAUGAAGGACAAUAUUAUUAUUAUUAUAAUGACCUACUGGACCUUGCAGAGGUUCCCUAUCUUGAUGUAGUUCCAAACAAGGAAGAUGACAAAUCAGACGCUGAUGAAAUCCCAGGUUCCUCUGAGGAGCCCACUGUGCCUCCCACCACUGCCAGUUCCCAUGACAAUGAGGAAGAAGAGGGUAACCCCCAGGAGAAGGGGGGCAAAUCUGGCAAAGGCUUUUCUCCUUAGAUCUUUUCCCUCCCUUAAGGUGCCGGACAGGGGAAAGGGGGGGGGGUAGACCUGGAAUGCCACAGGAAACAUUCAGGAGUCUUGAAGACAAAGACUUGAGGGUAAGAAGGAGUUCCACCUGAUGCUCGGGUCAGGAUGGGAAUUCCAAAUACACUGCCAGCCCCAUUCCUGGGGAUGCUUGGUAUCUUCAGCUGGUAAAAGCAGAGAUAGUUCUGCAUCAUGCCCAGGCUCCCUGGUGCUACCUUACUUCUCUUUUACCCCUGAUCCAGGCUUUCUCUCACUACAGCCCCCUUCUUUAAUUGAUGUUACAUUUGUGAUAAACAUCUGUCCCAGAGAAGCUCACAAAUCUCGAGGUGCUUUCCCUACCCCCACCACAGGGGAUUGCAUGCUUUUCCUGACUUUCCUAUUCUCUUCCCCAGAGCUCACUGGAAAGGCCCUCAAGAGGUGUGUUAGAGCGUUAGGUCAGCCUACAGACAGCUGAAAAACAAUUAAUGCUAAACUGUGUCACACCAACUCACACAUACCCGUGUCCCUGCAGCAAUUCCACUGCCUCAGGAUUUUCCCCCUCAAAUUAUUUAGACCAAUGGCUCGUCAAAGAGCCACUCCCAAAAUUCUGUGCAGUGUUGCUCAUGACAUGCCAACAGGGAAAUCUCAAGUAUAAGCCUAAGUAGCUUUUCUGGGGUCAAAAGUUAGAGGAAAAAAAUAGAUUUUAGUCCUGAACAUGUUUUAAAGACAGCGAGUGUUCACACCCUUGUUGUCAGUAAAACAACUAGCUAGGCACAGACAUAGUUCCAAGUAGUCAAUGCAAUCUGAUUACAAACUUUCUUACCUAUCGUCUCCGUAUUUCCUCUAUGCAGGACGGUACAAAUUUGGGGACUUGCUCUGGUAAAACAUAGAUAUGGGUUAUGUAUGACAUCCAAAUUAUAACUGAUAUUUAUGGGUAACAACUGCUAAGGUCCUUAGAAUGAAGAAUGUCUUGUAUUGAGGGAUAGAAACUGAUCAUACAAUGGAUAACAACCACAGAGCUCGAAGAUUUGUGAUUGUUAAAACUUCUCUGGCAUUUCAUCAUUAAUAAACAUCUGUAUUGUGUCAGCAGCAUA